AUGUUUCGACUCAUCACAUCACUAUUGUUUUCAAUAUCAGAUAUACUAUCCGCUUUCGACUAUAAUAAUGAAGAUGAAGAAGAAAUAAUCGAGGGUGUCCCCACAACUAAUCAAGCCGAUUCUUGUCUCAACAUCAAUGGAGCCGAUUCAACGACGGAAGAUCUCAUUGAAGGAAGUUCCGCCUGUUCGCGUGAAGAGCAACGAAACACAGGAAGCAGUAUGUCGGACAUUACAGUUUGUGGGGACGAUAAAAUUGGCAGUAAAGUUUCUGCCGGAAACAACAAGAAAAAGAAAUCCAGUGCGGAUAGCAGCAAAACAGGUAAACCUCGUCGUGCGAGAACUGCAUUCACAUACGAGCAGUUGGUUGCUUUGGAAAACAAAUUCAAAACCACAAGAUACUUAUCUGUGUGUGAAAGACUAAAUCUUGCACUAUCUUUGAGACUUACCGAGACACAGGUGAAGAUAUGGUUCCAGAACCGGAGAACGAAGUGGAAGAAGCAAAAUCCCGGUAUGGAUGCAAACAGUCCAACCAUACCACCAUCUCAAAGCUCAUCUUUAACCAGCACGUAUGGCUCCACUUCUGGCUAUCCUAGUACAGCGAGCAUUUUAUAUGGAGGUCAACUUCCGUAUCUUCCAGCUGCUCUUCCAUACCAAGUCCUUCAACCUUCACAUCCUUAUUUCCAUCCAUUAGGACAUUCAUGA